CCGGGCCCGGCGGCGCGCGAGGUGUCGCCAACCACCCCCCAACCCCCUGUCACACCGCCUUGGGGGUCUGGCACCAUGUUCGGCUCAUCCCGAGGGGGGGUCCGGGGGGGCCAGGACCAGUUCAACUGGGAAGACGUCAAGAUGGACAAACAGCGUGAAAACUACCUGGGUAACUCCCUGAUGGCUCCCGUGGGCCGGUGGCAGAAGGGGAAGGACCUGACCUGGUAUGCCAAGGGCAAGAAGGACACAGCCCCGGCCCUGUCCCGUGAGGAGGAGCUGGCUGCUGUCCGCCUGGCCGAGCAGGAGGCCAUGAUGGCUGCCCUGGGCUACAAGAACGUGAAGAGGCAGCCCACUGCCCUGAGCAAGGAGGACCUGGCCGAGGUGUGCAAACGUGAAGGCGCCGAGCGGGACGAGAAGGACGUAGAUCGACUGGUGGGCUUGGGCAGCUCCAGCGGCAGCGCCGGGCGGGUGAUGCUCUCCAAGGAGGACAAGGAGGCAGCCAAGCUGGGGCUCUCUGUCUUCACGCACCAGAAAGUCUCCAGCAGCCCCGAGAUGUCUGUUUCCAAGAAGAAGCAGGAGAAGGAGGAGAAGGUGGAGGAGAAACGACCAGAGAGCAGCAAGAAAUCCAAAAAGGAGAAAAAGAAGAAGAAAAAGAAGAAACAUAAGAAGGAGAAGAAGAAGGACAAGCACCACAAGAGGGAUGCUGCUCCGUCAUCCUCUGAUUCUUCUUCAGACCAGGAUGAGAGGCACCACGGCAGGAAAGCCCAGCAGCACCCGGAGACACGGCGGCCCGGCUGCCGGCGGCGGCACGACACGGAUUCCUCUGCCGGGAGCAGGAGCGGGAGCAGGAGCAGGAGCAGGAGCCGGAGCCCGUCCCGCCGCGCCCGGCACCGCUCCCCGCGCCGCAGGGGCAGGAAGAGGAGCCGGAGCCGCUCCCCUCCAUCCCGUGGGGGCCGGCAGCGCCACGACACCGAUUCGGACUGAGAGAGAGAGAGAGCCUGGGGUUGUGUUUUGUUUAUUUUUGUUGUUGUUGUUUGGUUUUACCCCCGCCCCACACACACACACACACCCCGGGAGCUCUCGGCUAGGCUGGGUGUUUCGGAUGAAAUGACACAAAAAAGCAAAGGGGCGGUUGGUGGGGGCUGAGCCUGGCAAAGGGCGGUGCCUGCAGCCCCCCCUGCCCUGCCCUGCCCCCGGGGUCCUGCAGUUCCCCUGGCUGGGCAUCCCAGCCUGGAGGGGAUUUGGCAGAAGAGGAUGGUGGGGGGUGGGAGGUGGGAGCGCUGCGGGUGCCUGGCGUUUCUGGAAAGAGACUCUGGAUGCAGUUGUUUUUAUUUUUAUGGUUUUUUAAUAUCUUCUUUCAAUGCUCUCAAGUCACUGCUGGCAAAGUGGCUGCAGGAGAGUUUCAUAGAAUUCCAGACUGGUUUGGCUUGGAAAGGACCUAAAGAUCAUCUACUUCCAACCCCCUGCAUGGGCAGGGACACCUUCCACCAGCCCAUCCAACCUGCCCUUCAACACUGCCAGGGAUGGGUCAGCCACAGCUUCCCUUAGACCCUCCCUUAAGUUCCUCAGCUGCAAAAUAAAACCUGGGGCUUACACACUGCUGG